UGCCCUUAAUCUCCCAAGAACAAAACAGAGGGUCGCCAUCUUUGAAAUCAGGAGGAGGGUUGUUGCAGCGCAAUAUUUGAAUUAAGUUCGGUUUAAUUUCCACAACACUGAAAUAAAGCUGCAUGGCUAACCGAAAUAUGCACCAAGCGAGGAUGCUGGGCGCCAACUCUCCUCAGCCGGGGAGGCGAGGGACGGACUCCCCGGCCUCAUCGGAGCCGACGCCGGCGAACAAAGGCAGCCCGGCCCCGCCGCAGCAGCAGCAGCAGCAACAACAGUCCCCCGCGGCCGAGCAAAGUGAGGAAGCCGCGGAGGAAACAGGGGAAGGCCCGUCGAAAUGGACUCUGGACAUCGCGAGUUUUCGGAAGCCCGGAGAGAAGACGUUCACCCAGCGCUCCCGCCUCUUCGUCGGCAGCCUGCCGCUGAGCAUCACGGAGGACGAGUUCAGGAACCUGUUCGCUAAAUUUGGGAACGUCAGCGAGGUGUUCAUCAACAGGGAGCGGGGGUUUGGAUUCGUUCGCUUGGAAACCCGCACGCUGGCAGAGAUCGCCAAGGUCGAGCUGGACGGGACAGUUUUGAACAACAGGCCGCUAAAAGUCCGCUUUGCGACGCACGGAGCAGCGCUCACCGUCCGCAACCUGUUGCCAGUGGUGACUAACGAACUCCUGGAGGAGGCCUUUUCUCAGUUCGGACCUGUGGAGCGAGCGGUUGUUGUGACAGAUGACCGCGGCCGGUCCACUGGGAGAGGCAUCGUUGAGUUUGCCAACAAAGUCGGUGCUCGUAAAGCCCUGGAGCGGUGCAACGAGGGAGCCAUGCUGCUGACUACUACCCCCUGUCCCGCCAUCGUGGAGCCCAUGGAGCAGCUGGAUGACGAGGAGGGUCUCCCUGAGAAGAUUAUGCAAAAAUCUCCCAAGUAUUACAAGGAGCGGGAACAGCCGCCCCGUUUCGCCCAGCCCGGCACGUUCGAGUUCGAAUACGCGUCGCGCUGGAAAGCUCUGGACGAGAUGGAGAAGCAGCAGCGAGAGCAGGUCGACCGAAACAUCAAAGAGGCCAAAGAGAAACUGGAGGCGGAGCUGGAGGCCGCCAAAAACGAACACCAGCUCAUGUUGAUGAGACAAGAUCUGAUGAGACGCCAGGAGGAGCUGAGGAGACUGGAGGAGCUUCGCAACCAGGAGCUGCAGAGACGAAAACAGAUAGAAAUGAGGCACGAGGAGGAGCGGAGGAGGAGAGAGGAGGAGAUGAUGAGACACAGGGAGCAGGACGACGGGAGGCGCCAAGCGGAUGGGUUCAUACCAAGCUACCAUGAAAACAGGGAACAGGAAAUGAGAGUGGGUGAGCUGGGCCCUCGUGGAGCUGGUAAUAUAGGAGAUGGGUUUAACCAGGCCUCUUCAGGGCCCAGUGGGAACCAGGGUCAAAUGAUGGGCGUGAGUGGAAGGGGAGGAGCCAUUGCCCCAGAGGGAGCAACAAAUAUGGGGACACCUCUGAUGUCAGAGAAUGGAGCCAUGCGUAAUGAUAGGUACCCUCAGGGUGGACCAAUGGGUGUUCGACCAGAGGUUGAGUCUCCAAAGCAGCAGCAGCAGCAGCAGCCACUGGGGCCCCAGGGUGGACCAGCUCCAGGAUAUGGCAGAGGCAGCCCAGUUUCGGGUGUCUUUGACGGCCCAAAUAGCAAACGCCGCAGAUACUAACGUCUAACGGUUCUAAUGGAUCAGCAGCCAGUGCAAUUUCUUUGUUUUUGUUUUUUUUCUUGUUUUACGUAAAACCUCAUGUUUACCCAUCAUGACUCCCAAUUUGCUAGACAACGGAAUUACAUGUUUUUUGUGUUGUGGAUUUAUUUUUUGGUUGAUAAAAGGGACUGCUUUGUUGUUUGUUUUACCUGUUUUUAGCAGAAUUCUUCUCUUCUCAACUAAAUAAAACUCUUCGUCAGCACAAACACAUCGGAAACUGCAGUGUUUCUCGCGUUUGGAUCUUUUGUUUUGGGUGAGAAUAUAAUAACCAUACAUGCUUUCCAAGGUGGCUGUCAUUAAAAGCUCUAAUUUUCUCAUUCAUUAGUCUGCACCUUUCAAAUAAAGGUUUGCAACACAACAGGAGCUUGUUUUGUAUCUGUUGUAUUUUGCCACAAACAGUCCCAAUAUUUGUCUUGAACUGGCUGUUACUGAACAUUCACCUUGUGACUAAAGAGGUCCAAGCAAAGUCACGUUAUAAGCGUCUGGUGCUCAUCAUCUCACACUUUUGCCAUUUUGUACUUCUGCCGUUUUCGUUAUCUUUGUACCCAACUCGUGUUGUAAUACAAAAAGAGCCGAAUGCCAUUGGCCGUUUUGUAGCGACCGUUUGGUAAUUCAUGUCGAACUUGGGGACGACCCAUUCACGCUUUGAAAGCCAAUAAUCUACUAUAUUGUCCUCAGACCUUACUGUAAGUGACUGUGAUUCAGUAAAUGUCUAUCAGCCGAGCUUUUUUUUUCUUUUUCCCUGAUGUCUUAUGUCAUGAAAGUCAACUGCCCCAAACGGGUCAGAACCAGAAUUGAUUGGAAAUGGGAUGUGUUAGAAAAUCUUGAGUAAAUGCCAUACAACUGUAAUUGCAAUUAGUUAUUGUAAGGCUCGAAGCCCCCCUUCACCAGUCUGUCCCUGCCUAUGUCCCUUCUGGCGCACUCCCCAGGCUAUGGCUCGACUUUAUAGUACAUGUUGGAAAGAAAUGCAUGCACUGAUUGAAACAAUGUAAUAAAUAAAUAAUUUCAAGAUGUAUAAAAGUAUAGGU